UUGAGUAUUUAUAAAAUAUAGUAGAAUGAAAGAUCCUUGAAAAUCGAAGAUUUUUGGAAUGGAUAUGGAGCCGCACCCACCUCCUAUGGUGACCCGACCCCAUGUCAGCUCCACGUGUGGGGGGCUCACGCGCCCCCGAUCUGUGGAUGAUCUGCUAAGAGGAAGUACAGAUCAAAAGGAACAGGCUUGUGAUCAUCGAAGAUCAGCCCUAGAUGACCUCGCGGAGUCGGAAGUUUUUGUGGGGAGCGAAGACGAAGAGGAAGGAUUGGAGACCAUAGCGUCUACGGCUGCAGUCGCUGCUCUGUCCUCCAGCAGUUAUCACGACGACACUCGGCUGCCUCUGCGCGCAGUUAAAGAAGAGGUCGAGGCAGAGGCUGCCGAAGAAGCUGCAAUGCGUCUCCAAAUGACGGUAUCUCGUCCUAGCAGAGCUGGGCCGUCUGGACCUGGAAAUUUCGGCAGCUCCUCCAGUAUUCCAGUCAUGAGGGAUUCCAGCACAUCUCGUGACUCUGUGAACGCAUAUGUUGUGCGUAAUGGAAGUGCACAAUUCGCUGAAAGAAUCUCUAAAGAGCGUAAGGAAAACGUAGCUGGUUACUAUUUGAGUAAAUGUGUUGAUAUUUCAGAAGAACACAUGCCAAAGCAUCCCUCCAAAAUAAUUAAUGGUUCAAACGGUACUGGUAUCAGUACCCCUUAUAAUGGCGAAGUUGAUCUGACUGAUGGAAUCCCUAAUUAUGUGGACUAUGUAUCAUCAGACGAGCUUGAUAAUAUAGAUCGCUCUCCAUGCAGUGAAGGAUCACCACUCUCAAUUUCCCUAGCUUCAUCUGUUGCCUCGAACAUGUCCAUCGAUGACACUUCAUCGUCACGUACCGACACCUCAUCCUUCACUGACACCCAAGACACCGUCAUUGUCACGAGCCUGAAAAAUAUCGCAAAUAAAUCGGCUCUUAAAAAUUCUACCAAUGGAAACCGCGCCAGCUCGUCGAAACCCCCAUUAAUUGUUAAAAGUCGUGCAAGCGAGUCAAACAAACCCUCGAUUGCAGAACCAAACAAAUCUGAAAGCAGGUUAAUCAAAGCAUCAGCAAUAUCACAACGAUUUGAUUCAUCUUCAAAAAUUCAACCGCGUGGAAUCGCACGCACCGGCAAAAACAGUCCACGCCUGUCAGAAAAAUCUCAACUUGACCUAAAACGGUCGGUGGGAAAUUCUUCACAUGAUAGACGCCCUUGCCGAAAUUCUGUUAAUGCUGUCUCAAAUGUGGCCUCACGCUCGAAAACGACGGAGUGCGAACUGAAUAAAAAACCAAAGGCUGAGGUAAAAUAUGAUUCUAACAGAGAUUGUAAGCCGACUGAUUAUAGAUUCGGGGCCCUAGAAAAUAAGAAGAUAGAGAACUCUCCGAGAGUCGAUGCAUAUGAGAGCAACACGCUUGGGAGGAAGAAGAAAAAGCCUGAUAAAGAAGUCAAGAUCAAUACUCACUCAUGGCUGCUCAGCGAUGGUCGGGAAGUGGAAAAGUAUGGCACUAUAGGCCGUAAAAAGAAAAUACGUGAAGCGGGCGACGGCAAAGAGGAACCCCACACAUCAUUGAGCAAGGAAAGCAAAGAUACUCUGGACACGUACGCGACUCUACCGCGACGUAAAGCUCGGGAUAUGACAGCGCGUUGGCGAGAACAAAACAUGGUGCAAGGUUCGGACGCCUCUGUCGUAAAUGUUCCUCGCAUCAAAGUCUUGUGCUCAGAUGAGAACGCCGAAUUUAACCAAAAGCCUCUUCGUCGUUCCCGCUCGAUAGGCAAAGGAGAAACGAGUCGCUGCGUUCAGUCUUCGUCGUCGCAAUUGUGUCGAUCUUCUGCCAGUUUUGCUCGAUGCAGCCCUAGAGUGGUUCCUCGGGCAAGUCCUAUUGCGUCCCCUCGUCUAGCGGUGGCAACUCAAACUCCUCGCAGUGAAAGGACUAUAAUAUGCCUCGAGGUCUCCAUACAGACGGCGCUCACAGGUCGAGAGGUCGCUGCUGCCAUGCACGCCCUUGCAAAAGAGCGCUUCUCAGACGAACUUCACACGCAUAGACAGAAAACGGAAAUCAUAAGAGAGUUGCCUCCACCUCAAAAGCCGCAAGAGACAAAAGUCAACUCAGCUGUACAGGUGGACGCAGGUUGGGGGUCUUGUAAUUGUGGUCUACGCCGAGAAGUAGCCCGGUCUGCCGAGGCUGAGGAACUGCACAGGCUACUGACGGAAGAACGUCUUGCUAAGGACGAGGUGCAAGGGGAACUCGAUCGGACCAGUCAGAAGAUCAAGGACAUGCUUGCGUCUAUGGAGGGCGUUGAGAAGGAAUUCAACGAACGCUGCGAUAGUCUCAUGGUUCUCGAGAGUCAACUUCAGCAUUCAACGCAGUUCAACACUCGAUUGCAAGACAGAUUGUCGAAGUGACAAUGCUAUUAUAUUCAUGUCAAUUUUCAGGAACUGACAAUGUGCCAGGAGCGGGAACGUUUACUUCAGCAGCAAGUCGCCGAGCUCGAAUCCGAGUCCCGUGAACUCGCCGAGUUUAUGAGCUCCGAGAAAGAAGCGCUCACUGAGUGCCUGAGGGAGGCUGAGGCUGAGGGCAACCAUCUGAGGCAGCUCUGUGAGGACCAAGAGGCGCAGAUUCUCACCAGAGAACAGGAGGCUGCCACCCUCGUUAGACUAGCCGACGAGAGACGACGAGAAGUAGAGGCGCUGGAGUCGGAGCUGCAAGGUCUGCAAGGCCGCACCAGGGACAUCAUGGUGUGUCAGGGCGCUCAGGUCUCAUCUGCCGCGGUCACGCUCUCCAACCUGGCUGUGCGUCUGCAGGCGCUCACAUCACGCCUGCUGCACGACUACUGCGUCACCGAGACUGAUCUCACGAAUAUCGUCACGCCAUCAGAAUCGGACAGCUCGAACUCCUCUUCCUCGACCACGUCUCCCGAGCACUGCCCCUCGUCUACCCUGACCCGCCCCCGUGUGUCCUCUCCUCGCAAGGGGCCUGCUUCCUUCAUCCACGCCGUCCUUCACGCCCUUAGAGGAGGGCCCAAUGCUAGGGGCUCCUCCGACAAGCAGCGAAACGAUCCUAAUCCACAAGAUGGCUCCCAGGACAAUGCCCUUGCGACUGAAACCAACGGUGAAUCGUCGCCGUCGCUAGUGGACCAGGUUGAAGAGGUUGACUUGUUACUAUCCCGAUUCUUGAAAGUUGUCUGCGUCCUCAAGAACGACUCCGAUGCGACUCUUAACGAGCUUCAAGAGGAAAAUGAGCGGCUGAGUCAGGAAGUGCGCAGUCAGCAGCAGCUGAUCGAACAGCAGCAAGCUGACAACGAGGUGCUCGCCAGGCUCGAGACGCGCGCUCAGAGGGACCUCAAGGCGCUGUACAAAGCUACCGAGAAGUUGCAAGGGAGUGCGGAUACCUCGUCUUCAGAAGGCGUCGCAUCCACGAACGUCACUUCAGCGAUGCUGCUGAAGGCUGCGUUGCAGACUCUGGAAGAUUUGCCCGAGUUGGUGUCAAACCAGCCGCGACUGAAGCACCUGCUCAAUAGUCUCCGCGCUCACUCUUCCCCCACGACCAAACCUCCACAUUCGAUCUGCUCAUCAGCGAGCGGUGUUCUCGAGCUACGGAUCAACGACUGCGACUCAAAUAAAAGCGUUGAUACGAAGAAAGUAAACGAGGCGAUUUAUGCGAUCAGUGAUAGAGAUUCAAAAUCUUGUGUUCAAUCAAACGACGCCGUUCUGAAAGAACAAAAAUCUGUCGAUCACGAAUCUCCGUUGAAUGGAAGUGUGACCUCGCACCCUGACACAUUAAACAUCAAUGUUAGUUUAGAAAAUGGUACAUCACGUACGAAUUGUGUUCGAGAAUAUUUUGAUCUUAACGCUAACCCUCCUUCCGAUCCAUCACAGUUGAUAAGUAGCGAUGUGACUGACAAACAAAAUCCACCUGCUGAAAAUAAACUGGUCUUGAGUCCUCUAAUAGAGAAUCCUUCUAAUGGAAUAACACCUCCUCGUAAACUUUCCCCUCCUAAUGGACACACUUCACCUUUGCCUCAAAGGUCAGCUCUUAAUUUGGCUCCUCAAUUUUUGAUUCAGGCGGAGACGCAUCUGUAGGUAAUGUCUGCUCCACUUAUAAGGAAGCAAUAUUGUGCGACAUUGCCGCCGCUGCAGGCCACACUUUUCAUUGCAAUUCUGCAUCGCAAAUAGAACCAAAUACUUGGCAUUUGAACGCCAAAAUACAAAUGUUGAAAAUUUUAUGCAUUUAGCAUUAGAAAAAUUACAUACAAUUGUUGGACAGUUUUAUGCUUACAUAAUUUUGUGGACGGAUCUUGAAUUUGGCGACUGGUUGAAAUUUUGUGUCGGUGACUUGCAGUGUUCCUGUUGUGCGCUGCCAGCACAUAAUAAAUAUCGUGUACUGGUCCUACAAAUCUACCAGCACUGCUACGUUGAUAAUCUACAGGAAACGAUAUGACAUUCUGUCCCGCAGAACAGUAAAAAAAUGCAUAAUUUUUUCUUUUCAAGCAUAAUGCGGUAACGGUCGUGCUCUCAUUGGAUAUAAUUUUAUACGAUACUCUACACUUUGAUUUGAAGUGAACCUAUUAUCAUUAUGUAAUCUACUAAGGAAUCUCGAGCUGCAGUUAUGAUUGCCGAUUUACAUAAAAAUAAUGUCCUGCGUAAUGAUGAAUGAACCCUCAAUUCUCAUGAAGCUUGAGAUGCUAAUUCGAAUCACCUGAAGUCUAUUUGCAUCUUACAGGUUAUGCCUCAUGGAUUUUCUUAUUAUAAAAUUACAGAAUAUAUAAAUGUAUAAUUGUUCGUCUAAGCGCAUUAUCCAUGUCUUAGAACCCUUUUGUGUUUCGAGUUAGUGCUCCUCUUCCUUGUAGUGCGGAUAAACAUUCCGAACGAUUGUUUCGCAAAUAUUCAGCUAACUUGUAUUCUAUAUCGAGGAAUUUAACAAAUUUUUCUUCAGUGUAGUCUUCAUGUAGUUUAGAAUUUACUCGUGGUAAGUGUUCACAAUGAUAUUCGAAUUAGAAAUGACUUAAUUGUCUAUAGGAACAUGGAAGUUUACACUGUCAAACUUUGAAUCAUUUGUCAAACUUCUCAUUUUGUUAAAACUUUGCAUCAAAUCUUGAUGUAUUCAAUUAUAUGUAUGGAAAAUCUGAUUAUCGUUCAAGCUAAUAUGAAAGUUUGUAGCUACUUAGUCGUUAAUUAGUAAAAUGAGUAACUAUGGAUAAGUGUAUACUUUUGCUCUGCUCACAACGUUGCCAGAACUUAUCCGAACUCUGUGAUUGGUUGUCGCCUUCGCUAAUAGCCAUAAGUUAAUCCAUUGACCAAGUGAUCCAUGUUGAGUAGUGGGAUGUAAUGUAAAGUGAUGACUGAAACGAAUAUUUUGGUUGUCUUGUCACUAUUGCUCAUGAUUGUCUUCUGCGUCAGAAUGUUAUCUUUAGCAGCUUGCAAUCGUUGGUUUGGUUUCUAUUUUCGCAUUGCAAAACUCGCAAACUGGACAAUAUAUGUAUUUGUUGAGUGAAAUUGAAAGGGAGAUUUUACUGUCCAUUCAUUUGUUAUUAUUUAUCGACUCGUAUAGCAACUGCUCUGGUAGACGCUUAGCAGCUCGGUUGCUGCAACUAUGACAGCGUUUAUGCUGAAUUUCGUUUUCUGAAGCUUUAGUUCACCAAAGAAAAUUGAUCUAAGUACCAUUCGUUACUUCUUAUUUUUAUCCUUUGGUUGUGAUUUUAUGAUUCUUGGAAUAAUUUGAAUUUUUGUUCGAUAAUGUGCACUAAGAAUGGAAGUGAUAUAUAA